AUGUCAAAUUGGAGGAUCAGGCUGCGUGAACAUAUUACAAAUGGGAUUAGUCGCAGGGGUAAUGGGAAUGAAAAUACAAGCGAAAGUCGUGAUAGCUUAAAUCCGUUGAUCGUUUGUCGCAGAGUCAAAAUAGUCCAUCUCCUCAUAUUCUUCUCAGCAUGGUUCUGCUGGCUGAUGGACGCUUAUGAUUACUUCAGCGUAAGUCUGUCGAGUACUUCCAUAGGUGAGAGAUUCGGGAAAGAUUCGACGCAAGUGACUACUGCCAUAACGCUCACCUUGCUGCUGAGGCCCGUGGGGGCGUUAGUAGGCGGAAUUCUCUCUGACAUGUACAACCGCAAAUGGGUUCUCGCUACAAUAAUGGUCGUCGUCGGUGCACUCAGUCUAGCCACUGGAUAUUGCGACACCUUCAGUGCGUUUCUCGGCGUUCGAGCGCUUUUCGGUGUUUUCAUGGGAGGUGUCUGGGGCCCUGCUGCUAGUCUGUCUCUUGAGAAUCUCCCGAGGGAAGCGCGGGGAUUGUUCAGUGGCAUAUUCCAACAAGGCUACGCAUGCGGUUAUCUCGUUGCCAGCUGUGUCAAUCUCGGUUUGGUGCCAAGUGUGAGCUUGAGUGGGGGUGCUAACUACCGUGCCCUCUUCUUCCUCGGCGCUGGACUAUCGUGGUUAGCAGCAGCGAUUCAAGCAGCUGUGCCAGUGUCACGAGUACAUAACAGCAAAAGUAAAAGUAAUAGCGAGACCAAGACCAAGAGUAAACUCUUCCAACACCUCUGCACUAUCCUUCGCACCUACUACCCGAACAUCCUGCUGGCGAUCUGGUUGAUGAUUCUCUUCGCCUUCUUCUCGCACGCUUCGCAAGAUCUCCUGCUGACCAUGUAUGUGCAAUCGAAAUGUUUCUCCAACUUCCGAGCCACACAGCUGGUCAUAGUCGCCAACACAGGCAGUGUAGUUGGAGGAGUAGUAGGUGGGAUCAUGUCGCAGAAAUUAGGCCGCAGGUUGACUGUAGUGGUGUGCAGCUGCAUUGCAGGCGCUUUCAUACCGCUAUGGGUCGUGCCUUCGUCCUUCAACGGCGUCGCGGCAGGUGGAUUUUUCGUGCAAAUUGGCGUGCAGAGCGCGUGGGCUGUCGUGCCUAUCUACAUGAAUGAGCUGUCACCACCAAAUGUGAGAGCGCUGUUUGGAGGCCUGGCUUAUAAUUUGGGUCUGAUGGUGGCGUCUGGCUCUUCUCAGAUCGAAUCUAGGGCAGGCGAAACGCGCAUGAUCGAGACUUGUGGAAGAGUGCACGAGGAUUACGCUACAGUUAGCGGUAUCUUUGUCGGGAUUAUCGCUGCGCUGCUCAUCAUCACUGCUCUCCUUGCUUGGGAGAAUAAGGGGAGAGAUCUGAAUGGAGGGGGGCAUGACGAUGGGCAGGCCGAGAGAUACGUGGUUGAUAAGGUAGAUGCGGUGGAUGGCCAGAUGACGCCCAAGUCAAGUGGAAGUGGAGUGAAGACGAAGGUUGGCGAUCCAGAGGAGAACUAG